GUACCUGUCAUAUAGACUCUGAGAUCUGGUUUUACUUCGCAAUGGAUGAUCUCCCCCCAGUGUCAGUUCAAUUCAAAAUUGAACCAAUACAUAUUCCUGCGACAAACAUCACAAGAGAUGACAAAUUCCCUACCUGUAGAGGAGGGCUGGCUGACAUCUGGAAAUGUUCAAUGACUACGCAAUCUGGUACCCCACGCCUCGUUGCUGUCAAAUCUGUCAGGGUUCCCUCAGCAACAGAUGCGACGUCAUUACAAGCGAUAGGCAAGAGAGUUCGUCGCGAGGCCUAUGUUUGGAUAAAGUUGAAACACGACCAUAUUCUCCCUCUUGACGGCGUGAUUGAAGAAUUCGGUCCACUUCCUGCACUAGUAUCUCCUUGGAUGAAAGAAGGAUCGCUGAACGAUUACUUGAAGCGCGAAUUUUCCGGGCUGUCUGACCCUCGAAAACAAGAGCUCGUAUGGCAGGUAACUGCUGGCAUUAGUUACCUGCACAGCGAGGGUAUCGUGCAUGGUGACUUGACAGCGACCAACGUUUUGGUUGACAGCUGUGGUUGCCUCCGUCUCGCAGAUUUUGGUUUAUCGAUGAUCCUUGCCGAGGAAGGAAACGCCACAUUCAACUCUUGUCAUGCAGGAAACGUACGUUGGAUGCCCCCCGAGGCCCUCCGAGCCGGAGAUGAACACAAUGACGAAGCUAAAGACGAGAAGCCAACUAAAGCUUGGGAUGUCUAUUCGUAUGGCUGCGUAGUCUUUCAGAUCUUUUCAGGAAAUCAGCCCUAUGCGUGGAUACCAAGUGUUUUACAGGUUAUGGGUGCAAUGCAGAAGGGACGUGAACCUUUCAAGGGCAUAGAGAGUCAUGAAGCAUAUCAACGGUUCUCACCGUGCCUGAAUAAGAUAUCAGCCAAUCGUCCGACGAUGGAUAAUAUCAUGGAAGUUCUGCAGGAAAAGGGAGUAGAGAAGAAAGAAGGGGAACGACGACAUUGUAUCUUGACUAGGUUAAAAAAGAGGCUCCUCGGACUGCGUUCACGCGUGAACCUUUCCUGAAUCCCCCCCCACAUGUACUUGUAGUGUUGAAGCUUGGAGAGUCAAGCUAAGCGUCGAGUCAGAGACACUGCCUGCCAUAAUCCCUUUGACCACGAAGCAUUGGAAGGCUGAAGCUUGCUGUGCGAGAAACAAUCUCGUAGGAACCACAUUCGAACUUCUCUUAAACGUCUCCAGAACACGCAGGUCCAUCUAGUACUCAGUGUAGGAAUUGAUGCAGGAGAUCCCGUGGUGACUUGUUGACAAAGUCGGAGUUCACGGAGCGAUUAAGAUUAGUUUUGGCCAGGUACAGUGGUAUUGGGAGGUCUCCAUGACACAUCCUUGAGACAUUCUGGAGUCCUUCCGAGUUGAAGAGAGCUUUGGAAGUUGCGACCGCUGACACAGUGAAAAAGAUUUGUCUCCCAACGAUUUGGAAUGAAAGAC